GCCAACUCCCCGGACCGACAAACCCAGUCCCUCCCCCUCCCCCUCCUCCAUACCAUUUGGGUGGGUAUCCCCCCGCCUUCCAGGGUAUGGGUGUACCGCCAGCGGCUGCGCCGCCUCAACAUCCUUCCGCACCCCCCUCGGCACAACCUUUCCACCACACGCAUUCGGAGCAAGGACCGGAGGAACAAGCACAAGUAGCUGACGCUGAGGAGAGCGCUGUCAAGCGCGGAAAGCGCAAGGCAGUGGACUUGGAUGACAAUGAUGCUCCCCCACGAAAAAAGCAAACGGUUCACCCCCUUGUUGACUACCUCGAUUUCGAACUGGUCGAAAAUAACGGUGAGGUCCGUUACAAGUGCUGCCUGUCGCAGUGCGAAAACGUGCCUGCAGUGCCACGCGCUGGCAUAGAAGACCAUACCAAAUGGAAGAGGCACCCGCAGGUCAGGUCUCGGUCCCCAUCCCUAGAGUACUACGAGGCUGAAAAUGACGGGGACUUUUCGAACUCUUGUUCCAACAACCAGCAAGAGACUUACGGGAUACUUCAAAAAACUUGCGAAGGUUCGACCUCAAACGAGCUGUUUGGAUCUUUUUCUAACGGUUUUGAAGAAACUGCCGAUUUGACUUCGAGCGAGUCAUUGGAAAAGUCCGACAACAGUCUUGACGAGACUACGGAUUCGGGUUGGGACGAGGGAUUCAACGAUUUUUUCGACAUCGAAGCAGCUUGCGAACCGGUUUCUGGUGAGCAGAUUGAAGAGUCGGUCAACAAUCCUGAAGAAACAAUCGAUUCGGCUUCGGGCUCGCUUGACGACGAUCUUUAUGGAACUGUUGGUUCGACUUCGGACGAGCAGUUGGAAGAGUCUACCGACAGCCCGGAGAAGAGUGGUGUUCACCCAAUGGACAAUAUGACAUCGGAAGAGUUGCUUGAAUAUUGUAUCAACCAUCUUGAUGAAACUUACAACUUCACCUAGGCUCCGGGCGAGUCGUUGAAUGAUGUGUAUUUUACAUUAUUUGUUUUCUUUCUGGGUAUUUUGAAUCGUUGCAGCUUCACCCUUACUAUGUAUUAUCAUUAUGACAUACUGUACUAUGAUGCAUGCUAACCACAA